GCCAUCUUUCUAUCCCUCAUACAUACCUAGGUAAAUAAUAAAUACGUCGACGAACCAACCUGUACACUUAUCUCACCUUUCUCUUCUUUUUCAUUGCGAUAAUUCUUCUCAAUUCCUCUAGUCCCGUCGUUUUCCACCCCCUCCCCCUCUAGCCAUCAUGAUGUUGGCCUCAAGAUUCUCCAGAGCUCUUCCCCGAGCAACUCCCAUAGCUGCGCGAUGGGCUGCGCCUCUACGAAAGCCUUUAGGAUCCAGCUUCGCUCGAUAUGAGUCGACGGAAGGAAAGGUUCAAGGUGCCGUCGUCGGUAUCGAUCUUGGUACCACCAACUCGGCCGUUGCUAUUAUGGAGGGCAAGGUGCCCAGAAUCAUUGAGAAUUCUGAAGGUGCCCGAACAACCCCCUCUGUCGUUGCUUUCACAGAAGAUGGGGAACGAUUAGUUGGCGUUGCUGCUAAGCGACAGGCCGUCGUCAACCCCGAGAACACUCUUUUUGCCACUAAGCGAUUAAUCGGACGAAAGUUCAAUGAUCCUGAGGUUCAAAGAGAUAUCAAGGAGGUCCCUUACAAGAUUGUCCCGCACACCAACGGCGAUGCUUGGGUGGAGGCUCGAGGACAAAAGUACUCUCCGUCGCAAAUCGGUGGUUUCAUCCUUCAAAAGAUGAAGGAAACUGCUGAGUCCUACCUGAGCAAGCCCGUCAAGAACGCCGUCGUUACUGUCCCUGCCUACUUCAACGACUCCCAGCGUCAAGCUACCAAGGACGCUGGUCAGAUUGCUGGUCUUAACGUUCUCCGUGUCGUCAACGAACCUACUGCUGCCGCUCUGGCUUAUGGUCUUGAGAAGGAGGCUGACCGAGUUGUUGCCGUCUACGAUCUUGGUGGUGGUACUUUCGAUAUUUCCGUCUUGGAGAUCCAGAACGGCGUCUUUGAGGUUAAGUCUACAAACGGUGACACCCACUUGGGUGGUGAGGACUUUGAUAUCCGCCUAGUCCGCCACAUUGUCCAACAAUUCAAGAACGACACCGGCAUUGACCUAUCUAACGACCGCAUGGCUAUUCAGCGAAUCCGAGAAGCUGCUGAGAAGGCCAAGAUUGAGUUGUCUUCUUCUCUCCAGACCGAUAUCAGCCUGCCUUUCAUCACUGCUGAUGCUUCCGGUCCUAAGCACAUCAACACUAAGAUGACUCGUGCUCAGCUUGAGAGCAUGAUGGAACCCUUGAUCAACAGAACUAUCGAACCCGUGCGUAAGGCUCUCAAGGAUGCCAACCUACAGGCCAAGGAUAUCCAGGAGGUUAUCCUCGUCGGUGGUAUGACCCGUAUGCCCAAGGUUACCGAGUCGGUCAAGAAUCUCUUCGGCCGUGACCCUGCCAAGUCUGUCAACCCUGACGAGGCUGUCGCCAUUGGUGCUGCUAUCCAGGGUGCCGUCCUUUCCGGCGAGGUCAAGGAUCUCCUCCUUCUUGAUGUCACUCCUCUUUCUCUCGGUAUUGAGACCCUCGGUGGUGUGUUCACCCGCUUGAUCAACCGAAACACCACUAUCCCCACCAAGAAGUCCCAGGUCUUCUCUACCGCCGCCGACUUCCAGACUGCUGUCGAGAUCAAGGUCUUCCAAGGUGAACGUGAAUUGGUUAAGGACAACAAGCUUCUUGGUAACUUCCAGCUGGUUGGCAUUCCCCCGGCGCACCGUGGUGUUCCUCAAAUCGAGGUUACUUUCGACAUUGAUGCCGACUCUAUCGUCCACGUGCACGCCAAGGACAAGAGCACCAACAAGGACCAGUCUAUCACCAUUGCCUCCGGUUCUGGUCUGUCCGAGUCUGAGAUCGAACAGAUGGUUCAGGACUCUGAGAGGUUCGCUGAGCAAGACAAGGAGCGCAAGGCCGCUAUCGAGGCUGCCAACCGCGCUGACAGCGUUCUCAACGACACUGAGAAGGCUCUUAACGAAUAUGCCGACAAGCUCGACAAGACCGAGGCUGAUGGAAUCCGGGAGAAGAUUGCUUCUCUACGGGAAUUCGUGAGCAAGAGCCAGUCUGGCGAGGGUACUGCUACCGCUGCCGAGAUCAAGGAGAAGACCGACGAGCUGCAGAUGGCUAGCUUGAACCUCUUCGACAAGAUGCACAAGGCCCGCGCCGAGUCGGGUGAGGCCGGCAGCUCCGAGGCUGGCUCUUCGGAAGCCAAGCCUGAGGAUGAGAAGAAGCCUUAAAUACCCCCCUCCUUUUGUACACGAAACAAUCUCGAUUUAUACUAAUUACCCUCGAGGCGGGAAUUGUAAGAGCUUUUAGCGCUCCAUCACUGUACAUUAACCUGUACUCAUAUUUACCGCCCCCUUUUCUGAAAAAAGAUAGUUCCGCCCACCCAUGAUUCCCCCACC